ACGACGAUCUGCACCUCCCAACCCUUCUGUCGACCUUGUACUACAUCCCACUUAGCGACUUCAGUUUGGCAGUGAAAGGCACUCCUCGAAGUACUUGAGGAGCGUCCCUUCCCUCAAGAAUUGCUUCUUGCACGCGUUCUGCCCGCUUUCCACCGCGCAAUUGAGCGAAAGGUCAAGUACGACACCACGAGUUUCGCCUGAACCCCCGACUCUACCAUGGCCACCGAUAAGGACUUCGAGGCUGGAGGGGAGCAGGAUCACAUCUCGAAGCUGGCUUUCAGCGCGGUGGCGACUCCGGACAACUCUCCCUUCGGCGGCGAAACGAGAUCUGAUGAAGUACGGGAUCUCGACCAGUAUGUCGCCAAAGGCUCACCUGCGACGAGGAAGGAGGUUAUCUCCUAUUACGCAUACUACGCAGGCAACAAUGGUAUCGGAUCUUUUCAGUACUCCAGUCUUCUGUUCCAGAACCUCAUCUACCAAGCGGGGUUCAACCCAAAUGUACUACCGUUAGGUAGCUCCGCUUGCGGCGUUGACCCUACGGCACCUUGUCAUGUGUUCUGGGGAGGUGGCAAUAAGACAAAGGCAUACACUUCGGUCAUCCUGAUCGCCACUGGCUUAACAUUUCUUACUCAAGCGCUUCUCUUCAUUGGCAUUGGUAGUUUGGCGGACUAUGGCAACUGGAACCCAUGGGUCGUCAGGGGCUUCUCUGUGCUUUGUUGGGCAUUUGAAUUUGGCUUUCUAGGGGUCACCACAGCCAACAAAUGGAGGGCUGCCAUGGCACUUUAUAUCUUAAGCAGCGUCACGUUUUGGGCAUCGUAUGUAUUCUUCAAUGCCAUAUUCCCUAAACUAGCACAUGACUUGCCAGAGGCUCGUCAGGCGAGGGAAGAGUUUCUCAAUGGUAGCAUAAAGGAAGAGGAGUUUGAACGUAGGUGCUCAAUGGCUCGUUCCAAGAUUAUGAACGUAAGUUAUUUCUGGAACAAUGUGGGGUUUACAAUUUGUGGGGCAUUAAGUCUGGCUGCACUUGCUGGAAUCGGGGCCAAUAAUUCAACAUCAUUGAACAAUUGGGGAUACUCCGUCUCCGUAGCAGUGUGCACGGGGUUCUGGAUAGUCCUUGCCAUUCCUUGGUUUCUGUGGGAGAAAAGACGCCCCGGACCGACCCUCCCUGCAGGGGACAAUUACCUUACUUUCGGGUUCCGCCACACUUGGUGGACUAUGAAGAAGGCGUGGACAUUGAAGCAGACCUUAUUCUACCUUGUGGCGUUCUUUCUCCUUGCGGACGGUAUUGGCACCACGAUCACUCUUGUUGCGAUAAGUCAGACACAAGUCGUGCAGUUCUCAGCCACCGAGAAUACAUAUCUUAUCAUGGUUGAAGGCGCAUCGGCAGCAGUGGGCGUUUUCGGCGCCUAUUAUAUUCAGCGGCUUUUCCAUAUCCGGACCAAAACAAUGCUGCAAGCCACGAACUUUGGGUGCCUGUUGGUGGCACUGUGGGGCAUGAUUGGGAUAUGGACCACGAAGGUUGGCUAUCACAAUCUGUGGGAGUUCUGGUUCUUCAAUGCGCAAUUCGGCUUUAGCAUGGGUGCCCAGUUCUCGUACGGUCAAGCCUUCAUGGCAGAACUAGUGCCUCGCGGGCGAGAAUACAUGUUCUUUAGCCUAUUGGGUAUUGUGUCAAAAGGCUCUGCGUGGAUCGGCCCCAUCGUCUGUUCUGCAAUCGUUGACCGCACCGGCAACCAAUGGACAGCUUUUCCCUUCGUAGCCGCUCUGAUAUUUGUCCCGUGGGUCGGGAUCUUCUUCAUCAGCGAAGUCAAGAGCAGGAAGGAGUGUGCUGAAUAUUUGGCCAGAGAAGCUGCUGAUCUUAGGAAGGUCUCUGGGGCCAAGGCAGCGGAGGGAGAGAAUGAUCACCUCUCUUGAUUAACUACAUCCAGAUGGUUAUUUCUUUCCUGCGGCAACAAUGUAAUUAAUCCAUCGGAGAGUGUGUCGAUCGGGGAGGGGGGCAGGGCAAUACACAGCACAAUCUCACAAUCUUACAAUCUCACAAGC